UGAACAAGCUGGAGGAGGCAGCAAAUGCAGCUCACACUUUCUUCAUGGCAAACCCUGAGCACAUGGAGAUACAGCAGGACAUUGAGAACUACAAGACCAUGGCAGGGAAGGUCAGCUUGAUUGACCAUGAGGCCAGGCAGCAUAUGGAGGACUACAGUGCUGGAGUGAGGCACUACGAUAAGGAGGAGUACGGGCUGGCCAUUGACUCCUUGGAGCGCGCGUUGAAAGGGUACUACUCCGAGGAUGAAGAUUGCCAGAUCAUGUGUGAGGGACCACAGAGAUUUGAGGAGCAUGAGUACCUGGAAUAUAAGGCUGGCCUCUAUGAAGCUAUUGCAGACCACUACAUGCAAGUCCUGGCCUGCAAACACGACUGUGUCCGAGAGCUCGCCACGCGCUCGGGCCGAAUCUCACCCAUCGAAAAUUUCCUUCCCCUCCAUUACGACUACUUGCAGUUUGCCUAUUACAGAGUUGGUGACUACAUAAAAGCCCUGGAGUGUGCCAAGUCCUACCUCCUCUUCCACCCAGACGAUGAAGAUGUCUUGGAGAAUGCAGGUUAUUAUGAGGGCCUCUUGGAAGGUACAAUGGAUCCAGAUGCCGUCAAACCCAGAAAGGAAGCUCAGACGCUGCUGCGGCGCCAUAAGCUGGAGUCCCACCUCUUGCAGGUGGCUGCGGCUGCUCUGGGAUACGCCUACUCGGAGCCGAACUACUGGAACAGGUACGGCGCCCGCCAGGAUGAACACAGUGUCCCAUCAAGUAUUAGCAGUGAACCAGAGGAUGGGCCCCGGCUGUCUCUGGCAAAGAAAACCAUGCCAAAACCAGAUCGAGAGUUAAAGGAGGGGGGUCCGCUUCUCUACAGUGACGUGAAAUUUGUCUACAACUCACAGCAGCUGAAUGGGACCCAGCGAGUACUCCUGGAUAACGUCAUCUCAGAGGAGCAGUGCCAAGAGCUUCACAGAGUGGCCAGUGGGAUCAUGUUGGCUGGAGACGGUUACAGGGGCAAAACCUCCCCCCACACCCCAAACGAGAGAUUUGAAGGAGCCACCGUCCUCAAAGCCCUCAAAUAUGGCUACGAGGGCCGCGUCCCGCUGAAGAGCGCCCGGCUCUUCUACGACAUCAGCGAGAAGGCCCGCAGGAUCGUCCAGUCCUACUUCAUGCUCAACUCCACGCUCUACUUCUCCUACACCCACCUGGUGUGCCGCACCGCCCUCUCCGGCCAGCAGGAGAGAAGGAAUGACCUGAGCCACCCCAUCCACGCGGACAACUGCCUCUUGGACCCCGAGGCCAACGAGUGCUGGAAGGAGCCUCCUGCCUACACCUUUCGGGAUUACAGUGCCCUGCUGUACAUGAAUGCAGAUUUUGAGGGAGGCGAGUUCAUUUUCACUGAGAUGGAUGCCAAGACUGUGACGGCCUCCAUCAAGCCCAAGUGCGGGCGAAUGAUCAGCUUCUCAUCGGGCGGCGAGAACCCCCACGGGGUGAAGGCAGUCACCAAAGGGCAGCGCUGCGCCGUGGCGCUCUGGUUCACCUUGGACCCUCUUUACAGAGAGCUGGAGCGAAUCCAGGCGGAUGAAGUGAUUGCAAUGUUGGACCAGGAGCAUCUAGGACCCAGCGAAAUGAACAUCAACCCAAAGGACGAGCUAUGAACUAGGCCAAAGACUUUUUCUAUUAAAUAUUUAUUUAAUAUUGUUAAUCUUAUUAGAACCCUUCUAUUUUUGUACAGAGUGGCUGUAUAAAUUA